UCUCCUUCCUCUCAUCAGCACUUCCCUAGGAACACAUUCCAGCUCCCAAAGAGAGAAAGAGAACGGCCUGCCUUUUAAAUAUGAGUGCAUGCCCCAUAAAUUGCACAGCGGUUAAACAGCAGUUGAGGAAAUGUUCUAGUAUAAGCAAAGACGGUAACCAAAUGUCGAGAAGUAAUCCUUGCCGGUGGCCAGCCAUGUUGCCGGAUUAUGAUCCAAACGACAAUGAAGCCGGAAUGAAGAUCCUGGAGGACCUGACUCAAAAUGUUCACCAAAUACAGCAAUUGGUGUUGGAGGAAAUAAUAACACGAAAUGAGCAUACGGAGUAUCUCAAGGGCUUCCUUAAUGGACAGUGCGACAUGCAGGCUUUCAAGAACAAAGUUCCCGUGGUGAAUUAUGAAGAUAUCAAAGUUUAUAUCGAGCGAAUCGCCAAUGGGGAUUCCUCCAACAUCAUUUCUGCUGAACCAAUUAUUGAAUUGCUCACAAGCUCCGGUACUUCGGGUGGCCGGCCGAACAUGAUGCCUUCAACUGCUGAAGACCUGCAUAGGAAGACAUUCUUUUAUAAUCUGCUUGUGCCUGUGAUGAACAAGUAUGUAGAUGGCUUGGACGAAGGGAAAGCAAUGUAUCUUUUGUUUGUUAAACCGGAGACCAAAACUCCUUCUGGUCUAAUGGCGAGGCCGGUUUUAACAAGUUAUUACAAAAGUAGAAAUUUCAAGAACCGAUCCUUCAACCGGUUCAAUGUUUACACCAGUCCUGAUGAGACAAUCUUGUGCUCCGACAGCAAGAAGAGCAUGUUUUGUCAAUUACUUUGCGGUUUAGUACAACGACGAGAGGUUUUAAGAGUCGGUGCAGUUUUCGCUUCUGCUCUCUUACGGGCCAUCAAGUUCUUGGAAGAUAAUUGGAAAGAGCUCUGCUCCAACAUUAGAGCCGGUCAUUUGAGUGACUGGAUCACCGAUCCCGGUUGCAGGAACGUCGUGUCGUUAAUUCUAAGCGAACCGGAUCCCGAAUUAGCCGACACGAUCGAACAUGAAUGCAGCAGUGAAUCAUGGGAAGGGAUAAUUAAGAAACUCUGGCCUAGAACAAAAUACAUUGAAGUCAUUGUAACAGGUUCCAUGGCACAAUAUGUUUCGACUCUCGAGUUCUACAGUGGAGGGCUGCCUUUGGUUUCCACGAUGUAUGCUUCUUCAGAAUGUUAUUUUGGAAUCAAUUUGAAACCACUGAGCCAGCCUUCGGAUGUCUCGUACUCGCUCAUCCCGAAUAUGGCCUACUUCGAGUUCUUACCGGUGAAGAAGAACCAUGAAGAUGUCCAGUGCAAUGGUGUUUGUGAAGAAAAUUGCAGCAAAGACGUCGAGCCGGUUGAUCUCGUGGAUGUAAAGCUCGGCCAGUAUUAUGAACUCGUUGUCACAACUUUUACAGGCCUGUAUAGAUAUAGAGUCGGAGACAUUCUAAUGGUGACCGGAUUCUACAACAAAGCUCCUCAAUUCCGAUUCGUGCAUCGGCGGAACGUUGUUUUAAGUGUCGACACAGACAAAACCAAUGAGGAGGACCUGUUAAAGGCAGUGACAAAGGCAAAGCUCCUAGUCGAGUCGCUCGGUUUCCUGUUAAUCGAGUACACAAGCUAUGCCGACACUUCCUCCAUUCCAGGUCAUUAUGUUAUAUUCUGGGAGCUCACAAGCAAAGGGAGCAAUCAUGUUCCUGUACUUGAUCCUAAGCUAAUGGAGCAGUGUUGCUCCGUGGUGGAAGAAUCUCUGGAUUCUGUUUAUAGAAGAUGUCGGAGAAAGGACAAUUCGAUCGGGCCGUUAGAGAUUCGAGUGGUGCGACACAGAACAUUUGAUGCACUCAUGGAUUUUUGUGUGUCGCAGGGAUCUUCAGUUAACCAAUAUAAAACUCCGAGAUGCGUUAAAUCUGGGGAGGCCAUUAAUAUAUUAGAUUCCAGGGUGGUGGGAAGGUUUUUCAGCCAAAACGCACCAUCUUGGGAGCCUGUUUAGAGUGGGAAAUGAACCUGAAAUUUGCAUUUCCCCAAGGUUAAUUUUCCUGGAAUUCUGUGGAAUAAUUUGUAUCGUAGUUCUCUUGUCCUUUAGUUUCUUUUCUUUUUUCAGUGUCUGCUUGUUGUGUAUUAAAAC